GGCUUUCUGAGUUUCUAUUACAAUACGUGAUUCCCGCGUUACACGCUUCUUUACUUUCCAACGUUUCUCUUCCUUUUUUCUCCGAUUUUUCUUCUCUUCCUCUUCCUCUCUUCUCUUUUAACAAAUAUCUCUAAACUCCGUUUAACGUUCCACUCACCGUUUUAUUCUUUUCAUCUUUUCCAUUAUUCUGGUACUUGUUUCUUGUUUUUUUGUUGAAAAGAGAAUGUGUUGUUGUUGCUGUUGAACAAGAUUAAGAUCUAUAUGGAAUUGGCUUGUAAACUGUGCAUUGAUUGCACAAAUUAAUUAUACUGGUUUUGUUAUUGAGAGGGUUCAGAAAAUGUCUUCUGAGUUUCUUAGAAUGUUAAACACUUCGGAUUAUGCAUCCAUUAUAUCAAUGAACCUAUUCGUAGCAUUGUUAUGUGCUUGCAUAGUCAUUGGUCAUCUUCUCGAGGAUCAUCGCUGGGCUAACGAAUCUAUCACCGCUCUCCUGAUAGGUCUUUGCACUGGUGAGAUUAUUUUAUGGAUAAGUCGCGGUAAAAGCUCGCAUCUUCUUGUUUUCAGUGAAGAUCUUUUUUUCAUAUACCUUCUACCUCCAAUCAUAUUCAAUGCCGGGUUUCAGGUGAAAAAGAAACGGUUCUUCGUUAACUUCAUGACAAUCAUGAUGUUUGGUGCUAUUGGUACAUUGAUAAGUUGUAGCAUCAUAAGUUUUGGUGUAAUACAAAUUUUUAAGAGACUGGGUUUCAGUGAACUCGAUCUAGGAGAUGCUAUAGCAAUUGGUGCGAUAUUUGCCGCGACAGAUUCAGUGUGCACAUUGCAGGUGUUAAACCAGGAUGAGACGCCUUUACUAUACAGCCUUGUAUUUGGCGAGGGUGUUGUGAACGAUGCUACUUCAGUCGUGCUUUUCAAUGCGAUCAAAAGUUUUGAUCUUGAACGACUUGACCAUGGACUUGCUUUGAAAUUUUUCGGCAACUUCUUGUAUCUGUUUAUAGCAAGCACCAUGCUUGGAGUUUUGGGUGGUCUACUUAGUGCAUACAUUAUCAAAAAGCUCUAUUUUGGAAGGCACUCAACCGAUCGCGAAGUUGCUCUCAUGAUGCUAAUGGCAUACCUUACCUAUAUUUUAGCUGAAUUAUGGUAUCUGAGUGGCAUUCUAACUGUAUUCUUUUGUGGAAUUGUAAUGUCUCACUAUACAUGGCAUAAUGUGACAGAGAGUUCAAGAAUCACUACCAAACAUUCGUUUGCAACCUUGUCAUUUGUUGCUGAGACAUUUCUCUUCCUUUAUGUUGGUAUGGACGCCUUAGACAUGGAAAAAUGGAGAUUUGUUAGUGAUAGACCUGGAACAUCUGUUGUUGUGAGUUCAGUAUUAUUAGCUCUAGUUCUCAUCGGAAGAGCAGCAUUUGUUUUUCCCUUAUCAUUCUUAUCCAACUUGACAAAAAACUCACCAAAUGAGAAAAUAAGCUUUAGGCAACAGGUGAUUAUUUGGUGGGCUGGUCUUAUGAGAGGUGCUGUUUCAAUGGCACUUGCCUAUAAUCAGUUUACUAUGUCGGGGCAUACUCAACUGCGAUUCAACGCUAUUAUGAUCACAAGUACCAUCACUGUUGUGCUUGUCAGUACAAUGGUGUUUGGUAUGAUGACUAAGCCACUGAUAAGGUUCUUGCUUCCACUCAGUCCCGUUCCAAAACGGAAAAACAGCAUGGCGAAUCUUGAUGAUACUUCACCGAAAUCAGUCACAGUGCCAUUCCUCGGAGAUAGUCAAGGUUCUGAAGCUGAUAUUGAUGUCAAUGAUUUUCACCGUCCAAGCAGCCUUCGUGAUUUACUCACCACUCCAACACAUACCGUUCAUCGGUUAUGGCGUAAGUUUGAUAAUGCAGUAAUGCGUCCGGUUUUUGGUGGUAGGGGUUUUGUUCCUGUUUGUCCUACUUUGCCGAAUCAAAAUGACGGCCAACCGCAACCGCAACCGCAGUGACAAUGAGAAGAAAUUAGGAUAAGAAACUUGUAAUUUGUAAUGUAGAAUAGAAUGUGUGAAAAUCUUUUGAGAUCUGCUCAAGCAGGGUGUAUUUGUGUAAGAACAACAGUUAGUUUAGUUAGGACUAGUUCUAUGGGUAGUCAGAAGAUGUUUGCCACAGGUUUUUGUAUUUAACAGCAGGUUAUGUCUGAUUUUGGCAUUGAUAGAGUUGAUUGCGUAGGUUGUAUGAUAUAUAUGAGAAAAUGAAAAGAUAAUGAUGUAUUAUCUCAAUA